AUGGUGCUCGAAGUCGGGUCUCUAAACCGCCAGACCUUAGAACCGUUCAGGACAUGGCAGCUUGAAAGGUCGGGAUGCGAAGACACCAUCGACUCGGACGCUGGGAGCGACCUAUUCUCAUCAUUGGUGCCACGGCAAUGCUCCAUAAACCAUGGAGGCUGCCCCUCGAAUUCAGCCCAAACCCGUGCCCCAAAAGACGCGGAGAGUCCCCUGAUACAAUGUCUUGAGCUCCUCGCAACGGCCUCACCGAAGGCUACCCCAGCGACUGAACAGGCCUCGUCCUCCUCAGCCCGAGAGCAGUCGAACACUGCAGUUACUUUGAGCGAGAAACAUGAGAAAGCCGACUUUGACUUUCCUAAACAACUUUCGCUGCUUAAGCUCGAAAAACGCCGCAGGCCAGAUUCAGACGUCGACGGACCACACACGGCCGCCCUGAGCUCCAAGAAGCGUCGCUUGAGACUUCAUCUAAUCACCAGCCGGCUGUCCCAGCCGUACUCACUACCCGCGACGCACAUCAUCAACCGUGACGGUGCGGCUUCGGGCGAUAAGCGGUUCGUCAAGCUGGCUGCGGUGGCCACCUCGCCGGAGCACGGGAAACCGGGCUUCAACCGUGAGAGCUCGUUGAUGUUGCGGGCGGCCGUGUUGAACAGAGUGAGACUCCGCGUGCGGAACGAGGCGACGCAGCGGGGCGACGUCGUCAUUGCCGUUGCGGCUGCCAAUGCUGCUGUGCUUCACCACGGCCAACAGCUUGCCACCGGCGCAAGGUUCGUCGCUCCGUCUUCUGCACUUGCCGAGAGACAGGAACAGCCACCUCCGAGGGUAAUUUUGAUGCGCCCUGGCGUAAUAAAUACCCCGAGUCCAAGUGCUCUGUCGACGCAGGUGGAGAGGAAACCGUCUCCUCCGAGGACGCCGCAGUCCACACGCACGUUGCCGAAAUCGCCACGCUUACACCCAGCCCGCUCGCCCAACUUGACGCCGUCCGAGACCAUGUUGGAAGAGUUGGAUGACGACGCUCCUCUGGCGUUCCCGACGUCAGACCAAGACUGCCAGUACGCUUGGGCUGACGAAGACGACCUGGAAGACGUAUACUCAGAUUUUGGUGCCAUCUUCGGCGGGUCGGCACAGGCCCGAGAUGGUGAGGAUGAUGGCUCGUAUGAGGAGUAUCUCGAUGAGCUGGACGGGAUAUCGUGGGUUGGCCGGUGA